AUGUCUUUGAACGCUAUUUGGAAGGCCACCGAGGCCCGUUGCAAUGAAGUCCACGCCAUCAUAAUCGAGUUCGAGCUACUUCCCAGGGCGUACCAAGUCCUUGACGAGGAUGAUCACUGGCUUCUCGCCAUAGCGCUCCAGAAGCUCGUGGUCGAAAGGUUAUAUGAGCUGCGGCCGAAAAUGGAGAUGGUGAAGUUGGGUUUGGCGGUUGCCCGGGACGCUCUGCUUCAGGGAUAUGUCUCGGAGUUUGACACAGAAAUGUCUAACAUGGUCGCAAGGAUGAAGGCUCAUGUGGUAGCGUGGAACGGCCUGAAAGGAGAGCAACUGUUCCGCGAAUGCUACUAA